GGCAAAUGUUGCCAAUCAGCGCAGGCGCCAAGUAUCCAGAGUUCCAUAGCAACCACAGAGGAAAACAUGGCAAAAGCAACAACAAUAAAAGAGGCUUUAGUAAAAUGGGAGGAGAAAUCGGGGGAGAAAGUGGGUGAGGCCAAAGCUGUCAAGCUGUACGGCCAGAUUCCACCCAUCGAGAAGAUGGACGCCUCCCUCUCCACCCUCGCCAACUGCGAGAGGUUAUCAUUAUCCACAAACUGCAUUGAAAAAAUCGCCAACUUGAACGGUCUAAAAAAUCUUAAAAUAUUAUCUUUGGGACGCAACAAUAUCAAGAAUCUGAAUGGACUUGAAGCUGUAGGAGACACACUUGAAGAGCUGUGGAUAUCUUACAACCUCAUCGAGAAGCUGAAAGGCAUCCAUGUCAUGAAAAAGCUGAAAGUCUUGUACAUGUCCAACAACCUAGUGAAAGAGUGGGGGGAGUUUCUGAAGCUGGCCGACCUUCCAGAGCUGGUGGACCUGGUGUUUGUGGGGAACCCCCUAGAAGAGAAGCACUCGCUGGAGGGCAACUGGGUGGAGGAGGCCACCAAAAGGCUUCCCAAGCUCAAGAAGCUGGACGGGAAUCCAAUCAUCAAGCAAGAGGAUGAUGAGGGAGAAGGAGAUGGUUAACACGUUCGCUCAGAUCUCUCCACCUCUUGUUUACGUAACCUUUUUUAUUUCUAUUACAAUGGGCCCAGCACCAGCACAAGUGUGAUUAAAAUUUGCAAUACUGACAAUACAAUCAUUUUUUAUAUAUACUGUGGAGUGGAUGGAGUUACUUGAUGUACGCAGGCAUUAUUAUUUUAAUUUUUUUAUGUUUUGUCUGGUGUCCUUUUUUAAUGGUGUUUUUCAAAUGUCACAGCAUGUGUCUGGUACUUUAUUUGGGAACCCAAAAAACCUUUUUAACAGGAAAAGACAAAGAACACAAACAUUCCCACAUUUUGAAUUACAGAGGGAAGUGAAGGUGAGAAUCUGUGAUUUGUUUUUAAAGGGCAGACUAGCUUUUGAGGUGUUGAGUGAGUAGAAACGCACAGCAAUUACUGGGAGAGGGACCUCAACCUUUUUGGUCCUGUCAGUGUAGCAAAAAAUCUGAAUGUUAAGCUCAUCCAUUCCAGGUUGCUCUACCCCCAUUAUUGACACUGUGACAUAACGGUGCUCCAGGGACGCCUACAGGUGGGGCGGACAAAGGGGUCCAUUGUCCUGGCCCCCCAGGUCCCAGAAGUGGGUCCCCAUUACAUUUUAUAUACUGAGUGGGGGGCCUUCCAGUUGACUUUGUCCAUGGCCUGCCCAGCCAAAGCUGUCAGUGGCCCUGCUUACAGUACACACGGUUGGUAGCAACAUGAGCUAUGUAAGCACAUAACCCAAUGGAGAGAAAUGUUCUCACCGAAUGCACAGUUAACUGCAUAGCAGACCUUUGUUAUUUACCCCGGAGACACUGUUAUUAUAGACAAGGGCACAUACUGUACGUACGUACGACUGUUGGGAAAGGAAAUGCUUCAAAGCAUGAUGUCAAAGACUAGAGUAAAGUUGCUUUUUUGCUAAUGAAUACAAUAUUUUCACCCGCAUGUGUGCUUAGGGAAACGAUAUGACUAUUAUUGUAGUUAUACUACUGCAGCACAAAACAGGGGUAGGCUAUGAUAUUGCUCUCUGAAGUACUUUCCCCAAGCAUGAGAAGGAAACCCAUGAAAUGGAAAUGAAAUAAAAAAUAAACAUGAAGACAUUUUUUUUCUCUAUCUUGUAUGUUGAAACAAUACAUGGAUGUUUUGUAAGAUUUUUCUUUUUUUUAAAUCCUUUAUUUUAAAUUAUUCGGCAUGUUUAUAUAAAUUAAUAUACUGAGAUGUUCUUUUUUUAUAACAUUAUAGAAAUUAUAACACUAUGUUUAUUUCAAUAAAGAAUAAUUCAAUUGGA